AUUUUUAUAAUUUUAUAUAGGAAAAUCUUCUCGUGAAAGACCAAAGAGUGCCGCCUUUCCUUUUCCCCUCCGUCUCCCCACCACUCUUCUCGGCGGCGUGGCUGCUCCAACCUCGACGGCUAGUCUGCUCUAACUCGCUGCCUUUCCCAACUGCCCAGCCACAGUCAGUACUCUUCUCGUGUUCGUUGCCAUCAGCCAAGAUAAAACUUGUAACCUACAGCUAAUUGAGGAAGUGAAAAUGGUGUUUGGACAAGUUGUGAUUGGUCCACCUGGUUCAGGAAAAACCACAUACUGCAAUGGCAUGUCUCAGUUCUUGAAACUGAUCGGGAGGAAGGUUGCUAUUAUCAAUCUUGAUCCUGCUAAUGAUUCAUUGCCAUAUGAAUGUGACAUUAACAUUGAGGAUCUUAUAAAGCUCAGUGAUGUGAUGACAGAGCAUUCCCUUGGUCCUAAUGGAGGACUGGUGUAUUGCAUGGAUUAUCUAGAAAAAAAUAUUGAUUGGCUAGAAGCCAAACUAGUACCUCUAUUGAAAGAUCACUAUCUUCUUUUUGAUUUCCCUGGCCAAGUAGAGUUAUUUUUUCUUCACUCCAAUGCCAAGAAUGUUGUCAUGAAACUCAUAAAAAAGUUGAACCUUAGGUUGACCGCUGUCCAUCUAGUUGACGCCCAUCUCUGCAGCGAUCCUGGGAAAUAUGUCAGUGCAUUGCUUCUCUCUUUAUCAACAAUGCUCCAUUUGGAACUGCCACACAUUAAUGUUUUGUCAAAGAUUGAUUUAAUAGAGAAUUAUGGAAGGCUGGCCUUUAACUUGGACUUCUAUACAGAUGUUCAAGAUUUAUCAUACUUACAGCACCAUCUUGAUCAGGAUCCUCGCUCUGCUAAGUACAGAAAGCUUACCAAGGAGCUCUGUGAAGUGAUAGAAGACUACAGUAUUGUCAAUUUUUCUACCCUAGAUAUCCAGGAUAAAGAAAGUGUAGGGAAUCUGGUGAAGCUCAUAGACAAAAGCAAUGGAUACAUUUUUGCUGGAAUAGAAGCAAGUGCAGUUGAAUUCAGCAAGAUUGCAGUCGGUCCUGUUGACUGGGAUUAUUACAGAGUUGCAGCAGUGCAAGAGAAGUAUAUGAAGGAUGAUGAAAAUUUUGAUUGAAACGAUUGACGGGUGCUAAGGGAAAGAAUUAGGAACUCAUGACUUCACAUCAUAUCCUGUUCCAAAGGAUUGUGUAUUGAGGAAAAGUAGGGAGCUUGUUCAUUGUAUCAAUAUAAUUGAGAUGAUAUUUAUUCUGUGCUUUUGCUUGAUUAGUGAAUUAGUGUAACUCAUAACCUUGAACUAACUAGUUAAAAUAGUUCUAAAUUUUUGUAAAAAGAAAAAAAAAACACAAUACCAAGCUACAAGUUUGAGCUA